AUGCACAAGAUUUUAUCUGCUCUACAGAAUCUACUAGAAGAGGAUGACGCGGACAACGACUGGGAUUCGACAUUGGGAAAUGAUACCGCGAGCUCGACUGCUUCGAUUAGCUCGAGUAUCCUCGAGUAUCGCACCAUCAACGGCCGAACUUACCACAGUGAUUCCGUGACCGAUACAUCGUACUGUCAUCAUACGAUGAUCAUUGCCUUGGAUGGCGAUCUCUUCAAGGCGUCCAUUACGGAGGAUCCCAAGAAUGCUCUUAAAUUUGGCACAGGCACAGACGACGGUACAGUAGAGAAGGAUAUGGCUAUGGGCCAAUGGGGUAAGAUCUGGCAGGAAGCUGGAAGACGGCUGGGGACUCCGCUCGAUGUUUUCGACCAGAAUAUUCAGGAAGAGGGUUUGAAGGAGGUCGGCUUCGUGAAUAUUUCGAAAAAGACCUACCCGGUUCCUCUGUCGCCAUGGCCUAAAGACAAGAAGUUGAGAGAUGUCGGUCUCUACUUUUACGGUGUCUUGAAUCAAGAUCUCGAGGACGCCACCCAGUUCAUCUUCGGCAAUGUUUUGGGUUGGACUAAGGAGGAGAUUUCCACCUACUGUUCUCACCUCAAGGCCGAGAUCAAGAACCUGAAUAUACAUGGGUACUUCCCGUACCGCAUGGUGUACGCGCAGAAGCCGUACGAUGCUUGA